AUGGGGCUGAAGCCAUGGCAGAAGGCCCUGUUCCCGCUGCGCUCGGUGGAGGACGUGGUGCGGUUAUUCAUGGCCGAGCUGCAGCAGGAGCAGCCCGAUCUGGUGCUGCUGUCGCUGGUGCUGGGUUUUGUGGAGCAUUUCCUGGCUGUGAACCGCGUCAUACCUACCAACGUGCCGGGCAUCAGCUUCGAGCCACGCCCGGGACCUGAGCCCGACAGCCUCACCUACUUCCCUGUGGCCGAGCUGUCCAUCGUGGCCGCGCUGUACGCCCGCUUCACCGCCCAGAUCCGUGGCGCUGUCGACCUGUCCCUCUACCCCCGGCCCGAGGGCUUCUCCUCCCGCGAGCUGGUCAAGAAGGUGUCGGACGUCAUCUGGAACAGCCUCAGCCGCUCCUACUUCAAAGACCGGGCCCACAUCCAGUCCCUCUUCAGCUUCAUCACAGGUAGGGGGCCCACUAGCACUAAGCUGGACAGCUCAGGGGUGGCCUUUGCUGUGGUGGGGGCCUGCCAGGUGCUGGGGUUGCCGGAUGUGCACCUGGCGCUCUCGGAGGACCAUGCCUGGGUGGUGUUUGGCCAGGACGGUGAGCAGACGGCCGAGGUGACCUGGCACGGCAAAGGCAAUGAGGACCGGCGCGGGCAGACCGUGAAUGCUGGCGUGGCUGAGCGGAGCUGGCUGUACCUGAAGGGCUCGUACCUGCGCUGUGACCGGCACAUGGAGGUGGCCUUCAUGGUGUGCGCCAUCAACCCCUCCAUCGACCUGCACACUGACAGCCUGGAGCUGCUGCAGCUGCAGCAGCGGCUCCUGUGGGUUCUCUACGAUAUGGGGCACCUGGAGAGGUACCCGAUGGCGCUGGGCAACCUGGCCGACCUGGAGGAGCUGGAGCCGACACCAGGCAGACCAGACCCCCUCUCCAUCUACCAUAAGGGCAUCAGCUCAGCCAGGAAGUACUACAACAAUGAGCACAUCUAUCCCUACAUGUACCUGGCUGGCUACCACUGUCGCAACAAGAAUGUCAAGGAGGCGCUGGAGGCCUGGGCUGAUACAGCCACUGUCAUCCAGGACUAUAACUACUGCCGGGAGGAUGAGGAGAUCUACAAGGAAUUCUUCGAUGUGGCCAACGACGUGGUUCCCAACCUGCUCAAGGAGGUGGCCAACCUGGCAGAGCCACUGGAGGAGAAAGGUGCUGGGGAGAGAGGAGAGGGGUCCCCGGUGCAGGCUGGGGGCUCGGCCUUGCAGGACCCUGAGUGCUUCGCCCACCUGCUGCGCUUCUAUGAUGGCAUCUGCAAGUGGGAGGAGGGCAGCCCCACACCUGUGCUGCACGUGGGCUGGGCCACCUUCCUGGUGCAGUCGCUGGGACGCUUUGAUGGGCAGGUGCGCCAGAAGGUGACUAUCGUGGCGCGGGAGGUGGAGGCCAAUGAAGAUGAUGAGCAGGGCAGCGAGGACCCCCGCGAGGGGCGCCGGCGCGGACCCCGCCGCGAGUCCAAGCCUGAGGAGCCCCCCCUGCCCAAGAAGGCCUCCGAGCGCCGGCGCCCCAGCUCGGGCCAGCGGCCAGACAAGCCCCCUGCGGCAGAGAAGGAGGAGGGGGGGGCCCCCGCCCCGGGGGUCCCCCCUGCCCCUCCGCCCGAGGGGCCUGUCCUCACCUUCCAGAGCGAGAAGAUGAAGGGCAUGAAGGAGCUGCUGGUGGCCGCCAAGAUCAACUCGAGCGCCAUCAAGCUACAGCUCACGGCCCAGUCCCAGGUGCAGAUGAAGAAGCAGAAGGUGUCAGCCCCAAGAGACUAUACCCUGGCCUUCCUCAAGCGCCCCCGCAAAUCCCUCUGA